AUGGAAUAAGAUAGUAUCACCAUUCUUUCGUAAUCCAAGGAAAGACGGAUUAAGUAUUUACUUAUCUUUCAUUCAGAGUUAUUUUGAUUGGAGAUCAAAGUGUGGGUAAAAGUAAGCUCCUCGAGUAGCUACUAAAUGUAGAGUCCAAAGUUAAUGAUAAGGAAAUAUAAACUGUCGAUUUUUUCAUCUCUCGUGUUAUUCUACCUGAUAAUUCAGAAUAGAAAAUAUUUAUAUGGGUUACCACUGGGGAAAUCAAAAAUAUGUAACGAUAUACCCUAAUCAUACUUAUCAUAGCAAUCUCAUUAGAGCAUUUUUGAUAAAGAGUCACAUCUAUGUUAUUGCAUUUUCGCUCAACAAUCCAGUAUCCUUUGAGAAUGCAGUCAACACUUGGUUCGCUCAGUGUUAUAAAAAUGCCAGAGAAACAAAUAACUAUUAUUAUUUUAUUGGCACAAUGAGUGAUAAAGAGCAUCUUUGCGGAUCUUAUCAAGAUAUUAUCUAGAGAAUUGCAGACAAGUGUUAAGAACUCAAAAUAGAGAAAAAUUCAUAGUAAGUCCCAUUUCCUACAGACAAGGCAUACAUAAGAUAGUCAGCAAAAUGGAAUGAUGACAAUAUCAUUGAAUUUGCAAAAAAUAAAUUGCCAAAUAAUGUGUAAGUUUUUAUAAGGAUUAAUUAGAUUUUACUCAGAAACCUCAGCUGUUAUCAAAACAGGCAUUGAGAGAAGUUCAAGCAUAUUCAUUAGAUUAUUGUAAGCAGCAGUGAAGUAGGAAUUUGCAAAGGAUGGCAUAGAGCCCAUUAUUGCACCUUCAAGAACAGCUUCAAGGUUCUCUAUGGCAUAAAUGUAAGUGCCAAUACCUGUAGUUGUACCGACAUCAUCUGCAAGACAAUCAACUCAGACAGGCAGUUUGUAAGUAAGUAUGGCAAAAGAUCCUGUUCCAUUUUUACCUUUCGAAUAAAAAGAAUCGAAUUCAUCUUCGAUAGCUGAAAUUAAAAAGGAAUAAAAUCUAUGUUGUAUGAUUUAAUGA